GGCGCGCGCAAAGAUACUAGAGGAGCUCCUCUAUAAUCUUUGGGCGCGCGUGCGUGCGGCCGGCCGUUGGUCCAGGGAAGGCUCGAGGAGGAGGGGAGGUGGAUCCGCGACCUGAAGCCUCGACCGACAGGGAGCCGGCGGCCUCCAGCUUCGCUGCAGGUGCUAUAAUGAGUAACCCAUAUAGACAGCUCUUGGAGCCCCUUCAUUCGAAUUGUAAGGAAAAGAAGUUCUACAAUCUGCUCAAAAUGAGAGAUGACAGAUAUGCACAGUUGCCAUUCUCUAUCCGUGUACUUCUGGAAGCAGCAAUCAGAAACUGUGACAGUUUUCUUGUGAAGAAAGAAGAUGUUGAAAACAUAUUGAACUGGAAGGUGACGCAGCAUCAAAAUGUUGAGGUGCCUUUUAAGCCUGCUCGUGUCAUCUUGCAAGAUUUCACUGGCGUGCCUGCAUUGGUAGACUUUGCUGCCAUGCGAGACGCUGUGAAAAAACUAGGAGGUGAUCCAGAGAAUAUCAACCCAAUCUGUCCAGCGGACUUGGUAAUCGACCACUCCAUUCAAGUGGAUUUUAACAGAUGUUCAACUUCAAAUUAUUUUCUUGCAUUUCUCUGUACAUUGAAGUGGGGCUCUAAAGCAUUUCAAAAUAUGAAGAUCAUUCCUCCGGGCUCGGGAAUCAUCCACCAGGUGAAUUUGGAAUAUUUAGCACAGGUGGUAUUUGAUAACGAUGGUUGCUACUACCCUGACAGUCUCGUGGGUACGGAUUCCCACACAACGAUGAUUGAUGGCCUCGGAGUGCUCGGCUGGGGUGUGGGUGGCAUUGAAGCCGAGGCGGUGAUGCUUGGUCAACCCAUCAGCAUGGUUCUACCAAAGGUCGUUGGUUAUAAGAUGACAGGAACUCCCAACUCUUUUGUAACUUCAACGGAUAUAGUCCUCACAAUCACAAAACACCUUCGCCAGGUUGGAGUUGUUGGGAAAUUUGUGGAAUUCUUUGGUCCAGGUGUGGCACAACUAUCCAUUGCCGAUCGAGCAACUAUUGCCAACAUGUGCCCAGAGUAUGGAGCAACAGCAGCUUUCUUUCCAGUGGAUAACAUAAGCAUAAAAUACCUGGAGCAAACAGGUCGAGAUCAAAGUAAACUGAGUUACAUUGAAAGAUAUCUCAGAGCUGUUGGAAUGUUCCGAGAUUUCAACGAUGCAUCCCAAGACCCAGAGUUUACUCAGAUUGCGGAACUGGACCUGAGCACUGUGGUAUCAUGCUGCAGUGGUCCUAAACGUCCUCAGGACAAAGUGGCUGUGUCUGAUAUGAUGAAAGAUUUUGAAAGUUGUCUGACUGCAAAGCAAGGAUUUAAGGGAUUUCAGAUUCCACCAGCCCGUCAAAAUGGCACGGUGAAGUUUGAAUACUGCACACAUGAAUAUGAAUUGUGCCAUGGCUCAGUGGUAAUUGCUGCAAUCACCAGCUGUACCAACACCAGCAAUCCAUCUGUAAUGUUGGGAGCAGGGUUAUUGGCGAAGAAAGCAGUAGAAGCUGGUCUUGAUGUUAAACCAUACAUCAAAACCAGCCUAUCUCCAGGAAGUGGUGUAGUUACGUACUACUUAAAGGAGAGUGGAGUCAUGCCGUAUCUUGCCAAACUGGGGUUUGAUGUUGUUGGCUAUGGCUGCAUGACAUGUAUUGGUAACAGUGGUCCUCUCCCAGAGACUGUUGUGGAAGCCAUUACUAAGGGUGACCUUGUCACUGUUGGUGUGUUAUCCGGGAACAGAAACUUCGAAGGCCGUGUACAUCCCCACACACGUGCUAAUUACUUGGCCUCACCACCAUUGGUCAUUGCAUAUGCCAUAGCUGGGAGCAUUCGCAUCAACUUUGAGGAGCAGCCAUUGGGUGUCAAUACAGAAGGUAAGAAAAUCUUCCUGAGGGAUAUUUGGCCAACUAGAGAAGAGCUGCAAGCAAUUGAGAGGAAAUUUGUUAUUCCUGCCAUGUUCAAAGAGGUUUAUGAGAACAUUGAGAAAGGAAACGAAUCCUGGAAUUUAUUGAAUGCUCCCAAUGAUAUACUAUACACAUGGAAUCCUCAGUCUACAUACAUCAAGUCCCCACCUUUUUUUGAAAACCUGACCUUGGAUCUUCAACCUCCUAAAUCUAUCAUAGAUGCAUAUGUCCUUUUGAACCUGGGUGAUUCAGUGACAACUGAUCACAUCUCUCCAGCAGGGAAUAUUGCAAGAAACAGCCCUGCUGCACGGUAUUUAACUGAUCAAGGUUUAACUCCCCGGCAGUUCAACUCGUAUGGAUCCCGCAGGGGCAACGAUGCAGUUAUGGCAAGGGGGACAUUUGCAAAUAUCCGGUUGGUCAACAAAUUCCUCAACAAGCAAGGGCCACAGACGCUGCACUUACCCAGUGGAGAGACGCUUGAUGUGUAUGAUGCUGCAGAGCGCUAUCAACAGGAAGAGCAUCCUCUGAUUAUAUUAGCUGGUAAAGAAUAUGGAUCGGGUAGUUCAAGAGACUGGGCUGCCAAGGGACCCUACUUGCAGGGAAUCAAAGCUGUUCUUGCUGAGAGCUAUGAACGUAUUCACCGCAGCAAUCUCGUAGGGAUGGGAGUAAUUCCAUUGGAGUAUCUGCCUGACCAGACAUCCGACAGCCUGCAACUUACAGGCCGUGAACGGUACACCAUCAUCAUCCCUGAGGUGUUGAAGCCUAGGAUGGAGGUCGAGAUUAAGCUUGACACUGGGAAAUCAUUCCAAGUUACCAUGAGAUUUGAUACCGACGUAGAACUUGCCUAUUUCCACCACGGUGGUAUCCUAAAUUAUAUGAUUCGUAAGAUGAUACAUCAGUAACGCAACACAAUUUUGUAAUGGUGGGGAAGGCUGUUCGAUCAUGAAUACACAGAUUUAAUACACUAAUUAUUGAAAGUAAAUUUUGAUAUACACCCAUUUAUUUCCAUCUGGAUGGAGCAGUGUAUUUUAGGUUUUUAAGUAGAUAAAAGAUUUUUCAGUAACUUUAUAAUAUACAUUAAUGAGAUAAUUAAAAAAAAUAAUUCCUUACAAUGACCUCAAAUUUCACAGAACCUGUGUUGUCUGUUUAGUUGUAAUAAUGUGAUCUAUUUUUGGAAGCCACAGAUUUGCAAUACCAUUAAAAAUGGGAUAUAAAAACA